UUGCGAAGUUUUCCCACAGACUCUCCUUUUCUUUAUCGGCAAGGCGAAACCCAAUUCCUUCCAGUUUCAUUCCUUCUGAGCUCCAACGAAAACUGUGAAUCGCUGACAUUCAGAUUGCCAGUGAACAGUCAAGAUGUCUAGCGAGUCAGAGGAAACCGUGCGACGUCGUACAGCGCUCGCCGAUCACCGUAAAAAACUCCUCUCCCAUAAGGAGCUCGAAUCCAGAGUCCGCUUAGUGAGAGAGAACUUGAGGGCUGCAAAAAAGGAAUUCGGUAAAACUGAAGACGAUCUCAAGUCCCUUCAAAGUGUUGGCCAGAUCAUAGGCGAAGUUCUCAGGCCUCUUGACAAUGAACGCUUGAUAGUAAAAGCAAGCAGUGGACCAAGGUAUGUUGUUGGCUGUCGUAGCAAGGUCGACAAGGAAAAACUAACUUCAGGAACUCGAGUGGUGCUUGAUAUGACUACUUUGACAAUCAUGCGAGCACUUCCUCGUGAAGUUGAUCCCGUUGUAUAUAAUAUGCUUCAUGAAGACCCAGGCAAUGUUAGCUACUCAGCAGUGGGAGGGCUGUCAGAUCAGAUUCGAGAACUUAGGGAAUCCAUAGAACUGCCUCUAAUGAAUCCUGAGCUCUUUAUUAGGGUGGGAAUCAAACCUCCCAAGGGUGUUCUUCUCUACGGACCUCCUGGUACGGGAAAGACAUUAUUAGCCAGAGCAAUUGCAAGCAACAUUGAUGCCAAUUUCUUGAAGAUAGUAUCAAGUGCAAUAAUUGAUAAAUACAUAGGUGAGAGUGCAAGAUUGAUACGGGAAAUGUUUGGUUAUGCACGUGAUCACCAACCAUGCAUCAUAUUUAUGGAUGAGAUAGAUGCCAUUGGUGGACGUCGUUUCAGCGAGGGAACAAGUGCUGAUCGUGAAAUUCAGAGGACACUCAUGGAGUUGCUUAAUCAGCUAGAUGGUUUCGACCAGCUUGGGAAGGUUAAAAUGAUCAUGGCCACAAACAGACCAGAUGUGCUGGACCCUGCACUUCUUCGUCCCGGACGACUGGACCGGAAAAUUGAAAUUCCUUUACCUAACGAACAGUCCAGAAUGGAAAUCCUCAAAAUCCAUGCUGCUGGAAUUGCCAAACAUGGUGACAUUGACUAUGAAGCAGUUGUAAAGCUUGCUGAGGGGUUCAAUGGUGCUGAUCUUCGUAAUGUUUGCACUGAGGCUGGGAUGUCUGCUAUCCGGGCAGAACGCGAUUAUGUCAUCCAUGAAGAUUUCAUGAAGGCUGUCCGGAAGCUGAACGAAGCAAAGAAACUCGAAUCAAGCGCUCACUACAGUGCUGAUUUUGGGAAGGACUGAUGAUAUUCAGCUUCUCGGCCCCCCCUUUUUAUGGCAAUCGUGUGCUUUGUUUGGUUGAAAUUUUACAUCUUUCUUCGAAAUUCGCUUGGGCAAAGCACGCCAAGGGAUUGAGAAAUGUUUGCUUUCCUUACGAGGAUUGGAAUCUGCUUUUCCCUUCAAUUAUUUUAGGACUAUUAUCUAUGGUUCCGGACAUUCCCUUGAUGAUACAUCAACUCCACUCUUCCUUUUAUUUUUCUUGGUAUUGCAUGAUUGUUUCCCAUCUAACGGGAAGCAUCUGAAUUAUAAUUUUUCUCAGAUCAAAAAAUAGUUUUAAACGAUGAUA